AUGGCAUCUUCUUGCAGCUGUCAAGGCCUUCUUCAACCCAAUUUCUCUAAAGGAUUUCAGCCUUUAGGCUCCCAUCGAUUACAUUAUCAUCCAACAACAUCAAAUCUGAAAAAUGGAGGCUCGUUUUUAGGCGAUUCGAAUUUGAAAUAUAUUCAAACCUUACGAACGAACAAAGGAUCGAAGAGAAGGGAGUUGGUAGGUGAAGCCACUCCAGAUCCAGAAGUAGCGAAUCAUCUUCUUUCUUUCUGGCCCUCUGAUAACCCAUGGUUCGCCGGGAUUGCCGGAUUUAUGGUGACAGUUCCUUUUUUGGCCCAAAGGUUAUUAACGUUGACAAAGGAGGUGGAUCUGGCGGCUCAGACGGUGGAGAAAAUAGCCGACGCCGUAGAGAAGGUGGCGGAGGAAGUCGAUAAAGCCGCAGAAAAUAUAGCAGAGUCACUCCCUGAAGGUGCCCUGAAAAAUGUUGUUCAUUUAGUUGAAGAUCUGGCUGAGGAAACAGCAAAGGAUGCUCAAAAAGUUGAAGAUUUGAUGGACAAGAUUGAAGAAAUUGACGACAAAGUGGAGGCAUAUUUCAGCAAUCAAUCUAAAGACAACCCAAGUAUCUAA